CUGUCAAAAUUCAAAUGUCAAGUCAAUAUUCAAAAACAUUUAAUUUUUCAUGUUUGUUUUUCCUAUUUACCUAUUUAAUGUAUUAUUGCAGUUUAUUAAAGACAAUAUACUAAUAUGAAAACCGUGAAAAUGUCGGAACCAUGACUUCUAUUUAAAAGUCAAAAAUUUGAUUUAUCAUGUAUCAUUUCAACAAAAAGAAAAUUUUGUUUUGUUGCACUGUAGUGGGAUUAUUAUUAUUAUUCUUUCAUUCCAACAAUGUUUCAAGGAAAAAAUAUGAUUAUAUUAUGAAGGAAAAUAUCAUAAGUAGUCUCCAUGUAGGAACCUCCGAAAAUUAUACAAGCACAGCAUACGUAGAAUGUGAAUAUUAUGAUGUUAUUUACGAUGAAACAUCCUUACCUGUAAGUUUGGUUGAUGCGGAUUUAGAAGAAAUUCACAAAAUUAAAGAAGGAGGAGAAUAUGCUCCAUCUGAGUGUAAACCGAAAUAUAGCACUGCUAUUAUAGUACCAUAUAGAGAUAGAGCUGAACAAUUGAGAGGGUUUUUAGUUUACAUGCACUCAUUUCUGCACCAUCAACAUAUACAUUACCGUAUAUAUGUUAUAGAGCAAGUUGACACUCAUCCAUUUAACAGAGCAAAAUUGUUGAAUAUUGGUGCAUUAGCUGCUAUGCAGGCGGGAUAUCCUUGCCUUAUAUUUCAUGAUGUGGAUUUGUUGCCUGUAAAGAUUUCUAAUAUUUAUGCAUGUCUCAAUGCACCAAGGCACAUGUCAUCGAAUAUAAACAGCUUCAGAUUUGCACUGCCAUACUUAAAUAUAUUUGGUGGUGCCAUAUCCAUAUUAUCAAACCAAUAUAAGAAAAUAAAUGGAAUGAAUAACAAUUUUUAUGCCACUAGUGGUGAUAAUGAUGAUUUAUAUUCUAGAAUUGAGGCCUCUAAUUUAAAGUUAUGUAGGUUUGAUCCUACCACAAGCGAAUAUUAUAUGACAACACAUAACUCAGAAUUUGAAAUUGAACAGAAAAAAAGCAAGCUUACUUUUUCUAAGAAGAGCAUGUUAGAGAAUGGAUUGAAUUCAAUUGAGUAUACAGAAGUGGCGACAGUACUCCAUCCAUUAUUUACUCAUAUCAUGGUUGACUUGUAGAUUUUAGUUUAGUUGUUAGCCGCUUAGUUCCUGAUUUCUAGUCAUUAAUGUACCUGCCAUUAGAGUAAGUAUGAAAUACUUUUGUGGAAGCCUUUAUUUUUAUGUUUUAGAUUAUACAAAUAGUGCCUUGCAUUGUAUCAGAGCAGAUCUUUAUUUAUACACAAAACUUGGUCAGAAGCAAUAAUUUUAUGUAUGCAUGUUGCUAGAAUUUGUGGUUACACUAGUCAUAUCACUAGAAUAUUCAAAGUUCCUGAGAGUUUUACUGUAGGAUUGCUCAUCAUAUAUUUCAAGCAAUAAUUCAGAUUUAACAUUAUUUUAGAAUUAUAGAAUGUAUGUCAAAUUACUGGAUUAAAUUUCAUGUGCCUUUGCUUAGCUGUUGGAAUGUACCUAUUCAAUUAUAAAUUGUCAUAAUAUGCAUUGUCAUGUAGUUCAAGCCGUCCUGUAAAAUAAACAAGUUAGAAUUGUUUCAGACAAUAACACAUAUUUAUAUAAGGUAAAUUAUCAUGUUGUUAAUGGUUAAGAUUUGAAUGCAUUUGAAGAUUGUAAUCAGUUGUUAAUUUCUUUACUCAUACAUAGAUUUAAAAAUAAAACUCGUGAAGUAGUGUUUAUCAUA